GGAGAGGUCACGUGACCCGAGCGCGGCGGAGGGGAGGAGCCAGCAGAGAGCAGACACGUAAACAAGAGAAGGGACCAUGGAGGACCCAGAAGAGCUGACCAAGAGCCGCUCACAGGCCUUAUCCAUCGACAGAAAUGCUGCACAUGGCACCGUCAGCACGUGUCCGAAGAAAGAACCACAGAGACGACGUCGAAAACCAGCCAAAACGCAUCGCAGCCUGACAAGCAGCUCCCCAGAAAGACUGUCUUCAAAUCUAUUGAAAUGCAGUGAAUUUAUUGUCCGGCCGCAAGACAGCGACUUAUACUCUGGCAGUGAAGGCUCUGUGCUGGCUGCAGACAAAGUGGCUGCUGCUGAUGACCCCUCUAUAGGUGCCACCAAGGGUGACACUACGAUAUCUAUAAAAACAGAGGUCCACGGUGCCAAUGAGGAGUCUGCUAUGGCAUCAAAUGUGAAAAAACACUCCAUAGACAGGACGCCAAGAUCACAAAAAAGAAGUAGUUCUAAGGCAAAGCCAUUCCUGUGCACAGUGUGUGGAAAAAGGUUUAGCCAGAAAUCCUUGCUCAUCCAACAUCACCGAAACCACACAGGAGAGAGACCCUACCCAUGUCUGGAGUGCGGCAAGGGGUUCACCUCCUGCUCCCUGCUCAUUCGCCACCAUAAGAUACACACAGGAGAGAAGCCCUUUUCCUGCCCAGACUGUGGAAAGCGAUUCAGCGAAAGCUCCCAACUUGUUCGCCACCAGAGGACCCACACGGGUGAGCGGCCAUACACCUGUAUCGAGUGUGGCAAAAGCUUUAGUGAAAGCUCCAAGCUGGUCAUUCACCAGAGAACACACACUGGAGAGCGUCCAUAUUCCUGUAGUGACUGCGGGAAGAGCUUCAGUGUGCGCUCCCAUCUCAUCACACAUAAGAGAACACACACAGGGGAACGCCCAUACACCUGCAACGAGUGCGGCAAGAGCUUCAGCGAGAGCUCCAAGCUGGUCAUGCAUCAAAGGAUACACACAGGAGAGAAACCAUACACAUGUACCGCCUGUGGGAAGAGCUUCAGCCAGAGGUCAGUGCUAGUGACCCACCAGAGAAUCCAUACAGGAGAGAAACCAUACACCUGCCCGGAAUGUGGCAAGUGCUUCAUUGAUAAGGUGGGCUGUGACCGGCACCGUGUCACCCACAGUAAUGAGAAGCCCUUCCAGUGCCUGCUGUGUGGCAAAAACUUCAGCCGCAACUCUGAUUAUAACAAGCACCAGAGAACCCACACUGGGGAGAAGCCAUACUCCUGCAUGCAGUGUGGGAAAAACUUCAGCUGGAGCUAUCAGCUGGUCCGACACCAGCGAGUUCACACCGGCGAGAAGCCAUACACCUGCAUCGAAUGUGGCCGCAGCUUCUGCUGGAGCUACCAACUAGUGACGCAUCAAAAGACUCACUCCAUGGAAAACUCCUACAUGUAG